AACUUUCUUCCUCGCUCUUUCUCUCUCUCCGUGCGUCUGCGGUCUGCCAUCGGCAUCGCCCCCACCCCACCACCACACGUCCACCUCUCCCGCAAUUGGGAAUUUCUCCUCACCGCCUCGUCUCUGCCGGGCUCGCUCGUACGUCGCUCCCCACCCGCAAUGGCGGCCACUUUCGCCCUCCUCCUUCUCCUGAUCCUGUCCUCGUCGGUCCGCGCCGCCCCCGACGCCGUGGUGUCCAGGAUCGCCUUCGGAUCCUGUGCCAACCAGAGCGAGCCCCAGCCCAUUUGGAACGCCGUCGCGGGGUUCGACCCGCAGGUGUUCGUCUGGCUCGGGGACAACGUCUACGGCGACAACAAGCGCCCAUUCCGGGUCUUCGGGAGGGAGCGCACCGUGGGGCCCUGGAAGAACGUGCCGCGCUUCUACCCUUCCACCGAGGAGGAGCUGCGGAGGCGGUACCAGCUCGCCAGGGCGCAGCCCGGGUACGCCAGGCUCAGGGAGAGGGCUCAGGUUCUUGGAACAUGGGAUGACCAUGAUUAUGGAUUGAAUGAUGCAGGAAAAGAACUUAGUGGGAAAGUGAUUGCUCAAAGGCUUAUGUUAGAUUUCUUGGAUGAACCUGAAGACAGUAAACGGAGGAAACAAGCUGGUGUUUAUGCCUCAUACAUGUUUGGCCCUGAAGGAAAACGUGUGAAGGUAAUCUUGCUGGAUACCAGAUAUCACAGAGACCCGCUAUUAAGUGAUGGAACUAUUCUGGGAGAUCCCCAGUGGCAGUGGCUAGAGAGGGAGCUUCAUGGUCCACAAUCAGAGAUCACCAUCAUUGGAUCUUCGAUCCAGGUAGUGUCUAAUCUUUCAGCCACUACUGGGCCUUUGUUCUAUGUGGAGUCCUGGGCACGCUUCCCGAGGGAGAGAGAAAGGCUGUUCAGAUUGAUUGAUAGUAGUAAGAGACCUGGAGUGCUAUUUAUUAGUGGGGAUGUCCAUUUCGGAGAAAUCACCAGAUUCGAUUGUGGAGCUGAAUACCCAUCAUAUGAUGUUACUUCGAGUGGUCUUACCCAAUCUGUCGAGAACUCUGUGCCAGAAGUGUUUCAACCUCUUAUGAGACUUCUGGCAAUACUAACACCAACUACCAUGCGAGUUUUGAGCCCAAAUUGCCAAUAUAAAUCAUGUACAAUAGGCCAACCAAAUUUUGGAGCGAUUGAAAUUGAUUGGAACGCUGUACCUCCGCGGAUUAAACUUGAACUAAGAGAUGUUGAGGGUCAUUCUGUUCACAGCGUAGAGUUCCCUAUAUCUGAACUGCAGCCCUCGGAAGCGCAUGCAAUCAAAAGACAAACCCAUACUUUCCAACGUCACUGUACUCUCGAAACAGAGCUCCCAUGGCUAACACGAUACCGGCUUGCUCUGAUGCUGUUUGUCAUCAUAGCUGUUUUUGCGGUGGUUGUGGUGAUGCUAGCGAUCGCCUGCUUGUCAAACUUUACCAAGUCCAGUAAGAAAAGCAAGAAGGAAUAGCUGUGAGCUGCAGAGGAGAAACGAAGAUUCGGUCCAGCUAUAAGCUGGAUUUCACACUGACCAGGGAUCACAUAUCUCAAACCAUGCCUUUGAGCAGGCAAGAGCCAGAUUGCACCACAGUAUCAAGCAGUACACUGCGUUGUGCAAUUUGCAAAGCGCAGAUUGGAUAAAUAGAUAUGAUAGCUAACAAAUAACUUACAACCAUGUGCCUGCCUCGUACAGCUUCGCUUUUUGUUUUCCGUCUUCAUGCCUUCCGCCCUGUUUUUGUUUUCUGGUAAGCAUUACAUUGACUAAGAAAAAUCUUGGCGGUGGAAGUGUCCCACAAGUC